UUUUCUGCAGAGGAAGCGCGCGUGCAGCAGUAUUGUAAUGUACUGUGGGAAGAAAAAGGCAGCAGCUUUUCGCCAAGAGAUGAUGUGACCAAACAACACAUCUGAAAUCAUCUUUCGUUAGCCUCGCGUUUUGCAAAAAAUAGUUUUAAAAGGCUCAGUCGGGUUGCUCUUAAGACGAAGACACUGCCUAAGGAUUAAGUGCCAAAUGCCAAGACUAGAGGAUCACUGCUGGAGCUGCUCCUGUUCAACCAGUGUGAAGACGAAGGACCUGUCAAGCGCCAGCUGGAUUGUUUGUAAAACGGGUGAAAUGAUGUCCAUCAUAACCUCAGUGCUGAGCCACGCUUACGGCUCUCUGCACAGCCUCCAGUCCGCUAAUUUAAUUCGACGGGGGCUUGUGUUGUUUAUCGUUGGAGUAGUUCUCGCCUUGGUGUUAAACUUGCUACAGAUCCAGAGAAAUGUUACAUUGUUCCCAGAGGAAGUGCUGGACACGCUGUUUUCUUCCGCCUGGUGGAUUCCUCUCUGCUGUGGCACAGCUGCUGCUGUGGUUGGUCUGUUGUACCCCUGUUUGGAUCGCCAUCUUGGAGAGCCACACAAGUUUAAACGGGAGUGGGCAAGCGUGAUGCGCUGCAUUGCUGUCUUUGUGGGCAUCAAUCACGCCAGUGCUAAACUAGACUUUGCCAAUAAUGUGCAGCUUUCACUAACUCUGGCUGCCCUGUCUCUGGGCCUGUGGUGGACGUUUGAUCGUUCCAGGAGUGGCUUUGGUUUAGGGCUGACCACUGCUCUUCUAGCCACUCUCAUUGCUCAACUGCUGGUCUACAAUGGCAUCUACCAGUAUACGUCUCCAGACUUCUUGUAUGUACGUUCAUGGCUGCCUUGUAUAUUCUUCUCUGGUGGAGUGACAGUAGGGAAUAUCGGCCGACAGCUAGCUAUGGGCUCGACUGAGAAGCCUCAUAAUGAUUAAGCGGGUGUCAGAGGUCAUGAAAUGAGCUUCGAAGAGUGCCAAAAAAGAGGGCGUGCAAACUGAGACUCUAUAUUGGGUGUCCCUGGUUUCUGUCCAAGUAUAACUUCUGCUCUUAAUUUUGUCCUCUUUAUAAUGAUACAAGAAAACAAGAGAGCGGGUUGGUCUGAGCUGGACCGGUGUGCCAUGAACAGCACCUUCGAAAAGCCAAAAGAAUCCCCUGGCAUUCAUUGCAUCCAUCAGCGUCAUCAUUGUUACAGUUCCUUGCAGUAGUGUUACUGGUAAACUUAAGUCUCAUUACCAGGUUGCUGGACUGCCAGUAUAGGACUGUACAAAAUCAUAGCUAGUUUCACUGAAGGUGAAAGGGUGAAAAUUGGUGAAACUUUGUGUAUACAAAUGAGUGUGUGUGCUGGUCCUAUGGAUAAGACCAGGGAAAAAAGGUGGCAUGGAAGUUUUUGUGUUUUAUUUUGUGCUGAAGAACUGAAAGAGAAAUCAAAGGGAAAAAAUUCAAGACUGUGCGAAAUACCUAAAAAUAUCCAAAGAGGUCUGUGUACUGUCUAUAUAGGAUUUGUUGUAGUUUUUUUUUUUUUAAACACCUGCAGCACUGCGAGACUCCCAUAUACAGACUGACCACCUUGAGUGUUAUUAUGAGUUCGAGAAAGGUUUGCCAAUCACAUUUGUGCCGACUGGUUACUGUAGUAUAUUGACUGAAUCGAUCAUGUUUUUAUCAUACUUUGUUGCUAACGCAGACCAAAAGUAAAACUAGAAACAUUAGUUAUCACAAAAUGAAGUGGCACCUUGAAAAUAAGAAUCAAACAUUAGUUAAAACAUCAAGGAUGCCAAUUUGUAUUAUGUAAACUCAUAAAAUCAUUUGAAAUGGUGUAAUGAAGUCCAUUUAAAGGUUUCCAAAUCAAAAGAUUGAAAGGCCUCGAAGGUUUGCAAUCUGUGAUUGCCUUUGUAUUAUAGAAUUAAGUGCUUUUGUCACUUCUUCUCCAGUACAGUAAUUUUUCUUUUAUUUUUCUUUGUACUUCAUUUAUUGUGUAUUGCUUAUCACCUGUAGCCGCUUCUAUAGCUAAUAUGAGAGGUAUCACCGGGCUAGUGUAUAGGUUUGGGGAUCUUAGCAAAUUAAGUGCAAUCAGUUUUAUUGAGCCUGGUAUUCUGUCAUAUUUAUUACUUUUUACAAUGUUAAGGUACCCCAAACCACUCAUAUGCAGUAUAGCAACAAACCAGCAAUAAACACAUUGUUUUUAUGUAUAUGUGAAGGUGUAGUAUGACUGCAAACUCGUUUUUAAAAGAAGUCACGCACAAAAGAUAAUCUUGCGAAUGAUACCAAUGACCAUUUCCACUGUUCUGAAAACAACAACCACGUCAUGUUGUUCUGUCUUUACUAGCAGUAGUAAGUUAGAAAAAAAAAAAAUCAUUUUAAGCAAAAUUACUGUGUGCUGUAUUUUGAGAAUGUUAGAAGAAGAACAUGAGGGAAAUGUUUUAAAACCAUGAUAUAAUGUUGCUCUCAGGAGUAACAGGCUCUGUCUGAACCUCUCUGCUUCAGGGAACGAGAGAUGUAAUACUGAAUGAAAGCUUUAUUUAAAGGGGAGUGAGAAAUGCAAUAAUGCGUUUCGAGGAGCAAGUGUGCAUGUGUGUCUUUAACACUUUGGUUCAUUUAUACUGUUUUAGGGUCAAUGAUGAAUGAAAUUCAAUAAAAUUGUGUUGUACAAUGA